GUUUCGCUGUACGAUAUAAUUUAACGUGCGGAGUACUGCUUGCUUCUUCCUCCGUUUUUUUUUUUGUUGGUUGUGUUCCCCUGUGGCCGAAGGAGGCUGCUGUGCUGGCGUGUACGGAGUGAAAAGGAGGGCGAGGGGGCACCGUGCCCGUACUGCGCAGUCGAUCACCCACGCGUACGGACGCCGGACUCUCGGCGCCUCUCUCAUCUUUUCGCUUUUCCCUUUCCACCUGGACGAGUCAAGGCGGCGCGACAACAGUGCAGAUUUUUUUCUUUUGGCUGCGGUGGCAACUCCCUGCUGCGGAGUCGAUACGCCCUCGUGCGUGAGUGUGACGAGCGGCGACGGCGUCUGUGGUUGCUUUCCACCACAAAAUACAAGUAAACGAAUUACGAGUACGUACUUUCAUAGAAGCUGUUCCGUCAUACACAUCUAAGUCCCUCCGCGUUUGUUCUUCUUACCUCCUUCUUUGCUGGCUUUUUGUAUCGUCGCACCGCCGCAGAACGUUCGCGUCGCAUCAAGGAGAAGGUUGGCCAUCGUUUCGUGGGAACGCACACAGCCAGGCUCACCGCUGUUCCACGGGACGGGGCAGCAGACACCCACGCUGCUCACGGCGCCACAGGAGAGGAGAGAACAGAGCUCACUUAAUUUCUAUUUUUGUUCACUGCCUGAGCUGCCCCGAUGGAAAGCGCGGAGCCGCUGACGAAGGCGAAGCUCUUUGCCUCCCACGAGUCCGGGCAGUGGACGGAGAUUGGGCUGGGCGUCGUGUCGAUCGUGACAGAGACGCUGCCGGCCAACGCAGCGGAGGGAGCUCCCCUUUCCACUGGCGGCAAGCGCGGUAAAGCAAGUGACGAGGAGUCUGACACGAGGUUAGCAGCUCGUCUGCAGAUGUUCUCCCUAGACAGCUCAAACGAUCUUCUGCUAUCCAGCUACGUGAGCCUCGAUGACAUCUACACCAUUCAGGGCGACACCAUCUUGAUGUGGUACGACGAAGCGGUGAGCAACGACAUCGCGUGCAGCUUCAACAGCAAGGACGGGUGCGAUUUAAUCUACAAAGAAAUUAAAGCCUUCCAGCAGGCGGAGCGGCUGCGCCGGGUGCAGGACGAGCGGCUACCGACCAUCGCUGAUAAGUUCCUCGUACACCCUCGCAACCUGGCCACCAUCCUCGAUGCGGCCGAAACCCAGAACAAACGCUUCGGCCUCUACGUGCGGGGCGACGCGUCGUACUUUAUCAAGUUAGCGCAGUUGUUCCACUCGAGUCGCAAGACGAACGACACGGCCACCAUGGAGCUCGUUGCGAAGAUCGUGCUCGCACUGCUGCAGUCGCCCUACAGCACCGAGGGUAGGAUCAUCGCCCAGUUUGUGGAGAACGAGUACAUUGACGACUGCAUCGACAUCGUCCAAUACGGGCUGGGGCGGCGCGACAGGGCGAGCGGGUUUGUCAGCUUCGAGGAGCGCCGGGCCACCUUUCACGACCCGUGUCACCUCCCCGAGGCGAUGAAGUCCCGCAUCCACGUCCUCUACUCCUGUGGCUUCUUGAAGGACCUCAUCCCACUAAGCCUCGAACCGGCAGACGCCGCCUCCUACUCGCUCCUGAGCACCUUCACGCUGCGCUUUACCAUGUCGAUGCUGACGGAGCUGUGCACGUCACCGACGAUUUUACCCAACGCCUUCCAGCAGGCGGUCGAGGGGGUGCGGCUCGACUCGCCGUCCGCCGAUCCGGCCGCCAUCGAGCCGUCCAAGGUGGCGCACGUCUUCGAACUCGCUGCGUUUGUGAGCGAAAUCGCCAAGACGGUGAAAAACGCGAUGAUCGGCGUCGACAUGCGGACGGAGAUCUUCUCCUCGCUCGUGCACGUCGGACUGCUCCCCUUCCUGACGGUGGUGAUGGAGUGCGCACUGCGCUACUACGACCCGCCUGCGUCCUACCCGGUCCAGCAGUGGGUCGUGCAGCCGUCCCGUGCGAUUCAGCUCGUGUGCGACACCCUCUACAGCUGCGCCACGCACUUCCCCGAGUGUGUGGAGGACCUCGUGGCGGAGUCCAACGCGGCGCCGAACCGCUGUUUGCUGCAGAUGCUACUGCGCGCCAUCACGGUGGCCCGCACGAGCGCCGAGGCGCAGUCCGUCGUGGACGCGGUGCAGUGCUGCGGCGUCGGCGUGUCGCUGACGCUGGCGAUGUUCGGCGACAACGCCCAACUGGAGGCGCGUCGACACGAGGUACUGCGUUACUGGAUCGAGGGCAACGUGGUGGACCGCCCCCCGCUCUUCCACCUCGCCUCGCACCUCGUCUCGUUGCUGAUGGAGGCAGCGCAGUUUAGCGGUGGCUGCUCCAGCAGCGGUCCCAGCGGCGGUGCGGGUGGCCCAUCGCAGCUCAGCGGGGUCACGGAGCGGCAGACUGUGUACGGCCUGCGCCUCAUCACGGCCAUCGUCUCCAAAAUCGACACCACGCGGUGCAACAGUUUCCUCGAGGUCAUGACGCUCUCGAAGCUGCUCCCGGCACUGGCCGGCACCCUCGAGCGGCCGAUGCGGCUCCUGGCCAACCUGCAGUCCUCCGUCACGUCAUUCAUCGCCGCGGUGCUGGAGCGACGGGAUGCGCGGCUGGUCUCUCUCGUCACCGCCCCCUCGGCACCCUCCGCUUCUUCUCCCAACAGUCCCAACCUCCUGCACUCGGCCCUGCGGCUCUUCUUGCAGUGCAGCCACCGCGACAACAUACUGAGCUCGUCGCUGGCCCACCUCUUGUCGGACGUGUGCGACGGCGUGCACCGCGAGAAGCUCUACGGCGGCAGCACUCUCAGCAGCACGGGGUCUCUGGGGCCCAGUCCCUUCGUCACCCUGCUGCGCGGCGAGGACUCGAUGAGCAAGACGGAGCAGAACGCACCGCCGACCGCCGCCUCGGCCAAACCGUUUGAGUCCGUCGCCGCCGCCGUCCUCGCGCAGUUUGGCGAGCAGCUGGCCGUGGCGUCGCCCGUGCUGUACGACCAGCUGCAAAAGGCGUUGGAGGAGACGCCGGAGCAGGCCCAGCAGGCCGAGAUGGAGACCUCCAGCAUUGCCAGCUCGAUGGAGCGCUCCACCAUGUCGAGCUUCGCUGACUUCGACACGGCGGCCAUCGACUUUGGCCUCGAGCCGCCGCUGCGCACGCCCGCGCUAGACGCCGUGACGGAGGAGCGGCUGAACAGCCUGGCCCGGUCCUUGACCGCCAGCGACGACGACGAGGACCCGCUGGCCGACCUCAGCAGCAUCGAGGCGGAGUCGGACGACAACGAAGAGGGUGCGGAGGAGACGGCGACGGCAGACGCAACGGAGGCAUCGGGGGGACUCACGGCGGACACACCGGCCGCGGCCGACGCCGGAGCGGAGCCAGUCCUUCCCGCCUCGUCGACCCACUCGCCCCGUGUGCCCACGGCGAAUGGCACGCCGCACAUCUCCUCUCCUUCACUGUCGCCGUCCCUUACGGCGGCGCUGAUCUCGCCGAGCCCGUCUCCCGUGGCGGGGCUCGAGUCCAUCGACCCACCCAGCGGUCGGGGGUCACUGCUGGAGGAUGAGGAGAACCGCCUGCCGAGGCGGCUGAGCGUCAAGCGCGGGCGCUCCGACACGGAUAAGGCCGAAAACGAGGAAGAGGCCGAGUCGAAGCGCAUGAGGGCGGAGGGCUCCGCUGCAUGA